AUGACCCUUAGAGGAUGCUCUGCUCUACGUCAUAUCAAUUUCCCAGAUGCAUUAGAAGAAAUAGGACCUGAAGCAUUUGCAAGAACCAAUAUUACCUCGCCAAAAUUCUUUAAUAAAUUGAAAAAAUUAGAUUCGAGUUGUUUUGUUGAGUGCCUAUCGAUAGAAGAAAUUACAUUAUCUAUUGAAAUUGAGCAACUUGGGGAAGAAAUUUUUAUGUAUUGCUCAAAUUUAUUAACUUUUUCAUGCAAUUCAAAUAAAAUUUCUCAAAUUGGAGCCGGUUUAUUUGUGAAUUGUUUUAAUUUACGAGAAGUUUACUUUUCAAAAACAUUUCAAGUUAUACCAGACAAUAUAUUUUACAAUUGUCAAAAACUUGUUUCGUUUAAUUUAGAUUCUAAAAUUACAAAAAUUGGGCAUUUUGCAUUUGCUGGUUGUGGUAAAUAUCCUACCUUCGUUCUCCCUGAUACAUUAAAAGAAAUUGGGGCUGGCGCAUUCUCAGCAACAAAUUAUGAAACCUUUGUCAUACCAAAAAGUGUAACAACGAUAGGAUCUUAUGCAUUCGCCCAUUGUGAAAAUUUAAAAUCUAUUACUUUUAAUAACGAUUUCACUGAGUUAGAUGAUAGAAUGUUUAUAUUUACAUUUAGUCUCACAAAGAUAGUUCUUCCAAAGUCAAUUACAAUAAUAAAGGAAUACUGUUUUUGGUCAAGUUCGAUUGUUGAAAUCACAUUACCGCCAAAUUUAGUAACUUUAGAAGAUUCCGUCUUUUCCAAUUGCUCUUGUUUGAAAAGUAUUAAUCUUCCUACAAGUGUUAAUCAAAUAGGAUCAUAUUGUUUUUAUAACUGUACAUUAAUAAAAGAAUUAAGAAUAUCAGCCAAUGAAAGAGGCUUAUCCGCUUUUAAAGCAAUGAAAAGCUUAAAUAAAGUUAUAAUGAUUGAUGGAGUUGAAACAAUAAACGUUCAAGAAUUUGCCAAUUUGACAAAUCUGAGAGAAGUUCAGCUUCCAACAACAUUAAUUGAGAUUAAAGAAAAAGGUUUUUUAAAUACAAGUGUCAAAUCCAUUCAAAUUCAUAAUAAAGUAACGACUAUAGGACAAUGCGCAUUUCUUUUUUGCAACUCCAUUGAAGAAGUUAUAUUUCAUGAUGGAAUAACUUAA